GACGGAGACCGGCUAUCGUGCGUAGUCGUCAAACGUUUGUCGCGUUGGACGUACACCACAUAAUUCUGAUAUUGUAAUAGUACCUGUUACCUGUCACCUGUUAUUAUUGACAUACAUUAUUAUCCGUCGGUGUUACUAUAUUAUUUUCGCGGGCACUCAUUGAUAAUCACGUGUCAGUUUUUUUUUUUUUUUUUUUUUUUUUUUCGGAAAAUACGAAGCAAAAUUUUUAAAUCGCCAUGACCACCAAAACGGUUUCAACGAACGUUCUCGACAGAUUGGUCCAGUUAACAGUGAGUCUGAUAAAAUUUCCUUCGUACGAGGACAUUCGAAUGUACUAUACCGCAUUCUCGGAAGCAAUACUAGCAGUCGCCUGCAGUUGUUUUCCAACGAUUGACAUGGACGUGGAUAUAAACGAAGACGACGAGUACGAACCUCCGACAACGGAACAAAAAACGGUAAAUAUAAUAAUGGUAAUGAGUAGACAGGAUGGAUAUGUAUCUAAUAAUAAUUCUUAUGAUCGGUGAUCAAGAUUUUUAUUGUUUGUUACGAAAUAGUAGGUAAUUGUUAAAUAAUAAUACUGUUUCGUAUAGGCCAUAUUGCGUGUAUACCGUGAAUAGCCGUUUAUUACAAAAAUCUCAACCGUAUCAGAUUCGACAGUUUUUUAUUUUAUUAGUUCAUUUUAUACCUAUUUCAAUACACGGAUCUUAUAGAUUAGCAAUGUUAAACAAUUCGUUUAAUGUAUAUCCGGAUUAGUUCAUAUCUGAUUUAUAUAGGUAUACGUAUACCAAUCGUUUACAUUUUUGAAAUAUUUGUGAAACACUGAAUAAGCAGUAAAUAUUAAAUGUUAACAAUAAUGUUAUAAUAUUUAUAUAGGUACCUACUCGAAAAUACAUUUGAAAAAACAUACUACGAAAUAGGUACGUGACAAAUUGUAGACAUUAUAGUAUACAAUUUAAAUAUUAUUUAAGAACUAAGAGACAAGUAUGAAUCGUUUAUUUAUGAAAGGGGUUUAUUCCAAAUAGUCAAACUUUCAGAAAAUUAAAAAUAGCUGUUUUACACGUACAAUUUUACUUGAAAAACAUUUUUUAUUAUUAUGUACUACACUUAUUUGAAUUUGAAAAUACCAAUUUUUCAAAUUUAUUUUUUAACCAGCAGUUAAAGUUUAAACUUAACGAUUUUGACACUUUUUUUCAUAAAUAAAAUUACUAAAUUAUAAACGAGAUUAUUUAUGGAAAAAUAAGAAUUUAUGAUAAGAACAACGAUUAAUAAUUUAAUAUAAUAAUAUUCGAGAGGAAGUAUAAACAGCUGUCAUUAUCAAAUGUUCGAUCACAAAAUUUUUAUUAAUUUAUGGAUGGGGUCAAUUGACAUUACGAUUCAUUACAGUACUUAGCACUAUUCAUAAAUAAACACGAUAUUUGGAACGCCAUAACAAAAUGAACAUCAUGUGACUUAUUUCAAAAUUAAACAAUUCGUUUAUAUAAUAUAGCCAUAAAAUAUAUUUUUAAAAGAGACAUUUUCCAAAAAACUGCAACUUAUCACCUUUCAUAAAAUAUAAACGAUUCACGUAGAACUUUUAUUGUUUUUAUCUCUACAAUUUGGAAAUUGGACAGACAUAAUAUUAUUUAAAAAAAUAGGUACUUAUAUUUUUUUUUAUGUUUUGAGAUGCUCACACACUGCCGCAGCAGCGGUAGCGGUUUAAUUGAACUCGUGUAUUCUUAUGAAAGAGUCCACACACUGCAGCGGUAAAAUAUUGUGUCGCGGUUUUUAUGAAAACCGCUGCAUGACCGAUUUUUACUGCUACUACUAGCGGUUUUCAGUUUUUUACGUUAUUUUCUGAAUAGAUAACUACUUCAAAAUGUGAACUGACUUCACCGCCACCGGGGCACCGGCUACAACAGUGUGAACACUGCGACGGUUAACUGCCACCGCCACCGCUACCGCGAAAGUGCGUGAUCACCUUUACACAAUAUUAGAAAUAACGGCACACCUAAUUUUCAAUUAUCUUGUUAUCCAUACAAGAAUGUUUACUUAGGGACUAGAUAAGUAUUUUUAUCGAUUAUUUAUUUUAAAAUUAGUAUGUGUAUAAAAAACAAUUUAUUGUGUGUAUGAGUAUAGGUAAAUUGCUAUUUUUCUUGCUAUCGUUUAUAUAGUAUACUCUAUGGAAAUUUACUAACUGUCUAAACAGAUGUUAUACAAUAUAUUAACAUCACAGAAUAGAAUAAUAUAGCUAUUAGGAAAACAAUCUAACACUGGGAACGCUGUUGGCUUUAUGAGCUACAGGUUGGUUCCCCACCAUACCGAUUUGGGGUUCUGUUAUCAGAACACAUUCAAUUCACCAGAUUUUUUUCAAAUAUCCAGUAUAUAUUCAUAAUUUGUCUUUAUUAAUUAGUAACUACAUUAAAAUGUCAUAUUUCAACUUUGUAAUAUAUGAUAAAAGUAUUUAAAAUUAUAAUUUUUUCUACAAUUACAUUAAAAAUGUAACUUACUGCUAUUACUAAGCAUAUUUAAUUAUGCGAAGUGCUCGUUUAGCCCUCGAAGUAUUGUUGAAGGUGAAGCAAUAAAAAGCAAAUUAUAUUGGUAAAAUUGAAACCGUAAAUUUCAAAAUGUAAUUUUUAUUUAACUUAGAAUUUAUUUACCAUUUUGUUGUUAAUUGGGGACUAGGAUAAUAUUGUAAAAAUUAAGACUUUGGUUGGGCAAUCCUCACAUGUAACAGACAUGCCUCAUGAAGUUUGGGGUGGCCUUAAAAAAAAUGUCUCACUACAGUAUAAUUUAAUUUACACGUUCAUGUAAAGCUGGUGUCUCAGAGUGCUGCAAACACAUUGUAAAUAUUCUAUUUUCAAACAGGUAAAAUGUGUAGACAUUAAUAUGUUUAUAUACUUUUAAGUUACCUAUAUACCUAAUUAAUAAGUAUAUUUUUUUUACUAACGAUUUUAAUUUGAAAACUCGGUGUUUUCUUGAAUCUUUGUUACUUAAAUGUACAAUAUAAGUAAAUGUAUUAUGUCCAAUUAUUUUGCUUCCCCAAUAAUUGAGAAGCAUAGCACCAAAACGGACUAACCCAAAAAUCCAUUGUUUAGCCCAUAAUAUUUUAAUGAUUUUUCCCUCUUUUUAUAAUUAUUGUAAUAAAAUAUUACCUCAUAAUAGUAAAAAACUAUCAUAUAAUAUAAAAUAUGAUAGUUAUAUAUAUAGAAUAUUUUUUUUAAGGAUUUUAUUUUUUUAAAUUUUAGUUCAUUUUUAACUAAUAUUGGUCAAGCCACUGUAGCAAUGGGUUUAAUAUUGAAAUAGAGUUAUUUCAUAGGGUUGAUCUAUCUAAUACUAUGUAAAUAAUACUAAUUUAUUUGUAACUCUGUUUGUGUAUUUGUGUUUACACAGUUAAAUUGGACCUUUCGGUUGUUAAAAUAUUUUUAUUUAAUUUGAAAAUGAUGUUCUUUUUUAAAAUUGGAAAUAAUUGUUUAAGGUCAUAGAGUUUAGCUACUCUGAUUCUGAAAUAAAUUGUUUAUGUGUCGGCGCUAUAAAAAAACUAAGUUCUGCCAUAAACCAGACAGUUUUUUUUAGCUAUAGAAAUAAGCUAUAGCUUAAGCAAUAUUGGUUUUCAAAUAUCAAUCUAAAACAUUAUAUCAGAUAACAUUUUUGGCACUAUGCUCUUCAAUUUAAUAUUUUUUUUUACUUGACCUUAUUUUCUCUUAAAAAAAAUAUUUUAAAGUUUGAAUAUCUAUUUUAAAUAAUACACUAAUUAUUUAUUAUAUUAUUAGUGUUAUUGUUAUAAAACAAAUAACUUUAAGUUUUUAAUUUAGUAAGUUUAUUAAUUUAAAGUAUUCUUAUUGACUAUUUAUAAUAAUAAUAAUCAUAGUAUAUUUUAAUAUGUUUUAUUUUCUAUAAGAGCAGAUAUGGAUAUCGGUAAUUACUAACGAUUUAAAUUAAUAAUAAGAUAUAACAUAUUGAUGACUUUACUUACCUGAAAUGACCAGAACAAAAAAAGAUUUAAUGACCUUAAAAUUAAUAAAAAUUACAAAAUAUGCUUUAAUGAACUAUAACUUUAAAAAUACAACUAGAAAAAAAAUCGUACGAUAAGCGUUUAUAUGGAUGAUUGUUUGUAAAAAUUUUGUAGUAGGACACAUAAACUCCUGUACGCUUUAAAUAGAAUUACAACCAAAAACCCUCCAAUCAAAAUCAAACAUAUACUUAAAAAUGCUAAAACUGGAUACGAGUGUGCUACAAUUAUAGAUAGGAAGUUGAAAAGAUAGGAUAUAUUAAGUUAUUUAAUUUAUAUCCGUAAACAACAAUAAAUCAUUGCUAGCGAAAAACAAUUCGGAGUGAAAUUUGGUUAAUUAUUUUUGUUACUCCCUGUUAUUUAACUCUAUAGUGUUUACUGAAAUAAUUUUAAUCAUUGUAUAUAUGUAUUACUUCUGUACUUUAUGCCCAUCGGGCGUUUAUAAAUAAACAUAUUAUAAUAAUAAAUAUAAUAACAAAGGAUAUUGGCAUGUAGUUGUUUUGCAAUGCAUGCAAUACCAACAAUAUUACCCCAGUAUAAUUUAUUAAUAUUUAAUAAACAUUGUGUUAAUAUUUGUUACAGAUAAAGCAAAAUUGAAAAAAAACGAAUCAAAUCAGUAACUCAGAAAAUAAUUUAAAGAUUUUAACGUUAUAAAAAAAACACGUUUCCUAGUUUAUUUAUUUUUUUUUCUGAUUUAAAUAAGUUUUUUAUUUAUUAUAAUAUCAGCUAUCUAAUAAAAUAUUUAUUAUUAUUUUGUUAUAAAUGUUUUGUUUUUUUCACUAUUCGUGUGUGUAGGAACACAAUAUCGCGUGUAGAGUGUAUAUAUGCAUUGAUUGUAGGUAUAUUUUAUUAUAAUAAACAUAUUUUUUUUCAAUAAAUUAUUAUUGAUUUAAA